AUGAUCGAAGGAUUCUACAUGAACAUGUUCAUAACGGAUACCUUUGGAAAGGACUAUGAAAUGGUCAAGGAACAGGAUUUUGAUACACCCCAUUCACUCAACCAGUGGACUAGCACGGAUAGCAUUAAUCAGAGCCAGAAUGGCUUCUACUACAUCAACAAUGUUAACAGCGCCAGUCUCAUGAACAGCAUCUUCGACCAGGAAGAAUGUUCUUUCAUCCAAACCCAGUCACCCGCUGGGUCUACUGCUUCCUCUUCCUUUGACUGUCUACCUCCCAAGAUUGCAUGCGACCCAGAAAGAAGGCGCAACACAAUAGUCGAUUUUUCAGACGCACAUAAACCUGAUGAUGAACCGAAGAAUUGCUUGAUGAAUCUUCCAUUAUCGGAUAUUCCAUUGGUCUACGAGUCAUACUCUAGUCCACACUCAAUCAGCUCUCGCAGUUCACAAACUUCCAACGCAUCGCCUCGCUCGUCACAUUCAUUUCCUCCUCAUGCUAAGCGUGAACAGGCUAACAAGUGUCACAUUUGUGCGAAGUUGAUCAGACGCGACAUGUCGAGACAUCUAAGAAUCCACAAUCCAAUCUCGAGAUUCCAAUGCUAUCUUCCCAGAGACCGCUGCAACCACAAAACUGGACAAUUCAACAGGCCUUAUGACUUCAAGAAGCACAUGCUUAACAGCCACUUUCAAUUUGACGACAGCAAGGUCAAGAAGAUGCACAACCUGAACGAUAAACUGAACAAAUGGGGCAAUUGUGAAUGUGGCUUCCGUGCCAAUGGCGAGGUUUGGCUGGAAAAUCAUUUCUUGACGAAUGAGUGUCUGGUUUUCAACCAGUUCAAGUAUGAUACAUACCGCAGCUAA